ACAGGUGUUCAGUCAUUUUGAAUCAAAAAUAACUUCAUACUUUUUUCUGGUUCUCGGAAGGAUAUAAUGGCAAACAGGGUCAAAAAGCACACAUACUUGAUAAGGAUUCCUUUUUGUACAAUCUUUAACACUCAUAACUUUAUAUAGCUUAGUGAUCUAAAACUGUCACUCAGUAAGUCUACUGCUGGCAUGAAAUUUUCAAACUGAAGCAGAAAAACCUAAAGACAAACAGAUCUCCGGCUGCUUUUAUGAAGAGGAACCUUGACAUGCCGGAAACUUUACAGACAAACAGAUCUCCGGCUGCUUUUAUGAAGAGGAACCUUGACAUGCCGGAAACUUUACAGUUGUGAAUCAGUGAAGUACAAUGGCGCCUGUUAAAGCGCUGCUUCUGAACUCGCUGGAGGACCUGGAAGAAAAAGAACUGAAGCUGUUUCAGUGGCACUUAAAGAAUGAUCAUGAUUGUAUGUCAAAGUGUGAAAUGGAGAAAGCAGAUCGGUUAAAAACAGUGGAUAAGCUGGUGGAAUGUUUUGGCCCAGAAGAAGCUGUAAAGAUCACGGUCAAAAUCCUGAAGAUAUUAAAGCACAACCAAUUGGCUAAAAAGCUGCAGGAUGUACAAGACCAAGGUGAAGGGGACACAUCUAGCCUUCCAGGCCCCAGUGAAACACAGACCACUGAGACCAGGGAUACUCAGCCUGAAGCAAAACCAAUAGAGUUGAUGGAAAGUAUGCGUUUAAAUUUGGUCUUGCUGGGAAGAUCGGGAGUUGGGAAAAGUUCAACAGGAGAUGCAAUACUGGGAAGGGAAGCUUUCACAUCAGAAAUAAUCUCCACAUCACUCACACAAGCUGUGAAAGUUGAAGUUGGUGAUGUUUGUGGAUUACCUGUCAGAGUUUAUGACACACCAGGAUUUUCUAAUUCAGAGCAUGGGAUAUAUGAAGAAGUCCUUGAGAAAUGUGCAUUGGGCUUGUGUGCAUUUCUCCUGGUUCUCCAGGCAGACAGAUUCACUCAAGAAGAUCAAAUAAUUGUCGAGCAAAUUGAGGAGUUGUUGGGAGAAAAACACAAAGACAAUACCUGGAUUAUCUUCACCAGAGAAGAUGAACUGGAAGAAGGAAAGAAGACCAUGAAUACUGUCAUUGAUGAGAAUAAAGCUUUGAAGAAAUUUGUACAAACGUAUGAACACAGAUUCCAUGUAUUGAGCAACAAAGAUAGAAAAAGAAGUCGUGGCCAAGUGAAAUCUCUUGUAGAUGAUCUUUUCCAGAGGACCAUACACACUUUGCCACAAAAAGGACCAAAAAGAAUUUCCACCAACAUCCAGGACAUUCCAGUUUCCAAUCGUAUAUCCAGAAGGAUUGUGCUGCUGGGUAAAACUGGUGUUGGGAAAAGUGCAUCUGGAAACACAAUACUGAGAAAGAAAGCGUUUCAAUCUAUGAAUGGCACAAAUUCAGUAACACGUAAAUCCUCAGAGAAACAUGCGGUUGUUUUAGGCAGGAAAGUGUCUGUAAUUGACACUCCUGGUUUCUUUGACACACAGAUGGAACCUGAGCGGUUAAUGAUAGAGAUAGCGAGAAGUGUUUAUUUAUCCUGUCCUGGACCACAUGGUUUUCUCAUUGUGUUUCCUGUGAAUAAUAGAUUCACUGAGCAGGAGAUGGAGAUUCCUCAGAUCAUUGAGGAGUUGUUUGGAGAAGAAGUGUUAAAAUACUCCAUCAUUCUCUUCACACAUAAAGAUGAUCUGAAAGAAAUGUCAGUAGAAAAGCUCAUUGAUAAUAACGUAAAUCUAAAAUAUCUAGUUGAUCAGUGUGGAGGCAGAUAUCAUAUCUUCAACAAUAGAGAUGAGAAUAACAUAGAGCAGGUGGAUGUUCUGCUGCAGAAGAUUGACACAAUGAUAAAGCAGAAUGGAGGAGGAUACUACUGUAAUGAAAUGUUUGAAGAUGCUCUGAGAUUCAGACAAGAAAUAGAGAUUGAAAGUGCAAGAAAGAAGACAGAGGGGAGAAUCAGAACAAAUAUACAAAGAGAGAAUAAUGUGAGACGACAACAAGAGGAGAAAAAAAGACAAGAGGAAAUACAGAUAGAGAGGGGAAAAAUAGAGGAGAAAAACCAGAAGAUAAAAGCUCUGAAUUCUGAAAUAGAAAAAAUUAAGGUGGAGAUGCAGACAGACAAAGAGGAGAGAGAUCAAGAAGAGAAAAAAAGACAAGAGGAGAUUGAAAAAGUGAGAAAGGAGACAGAGGAGAAAAGUGCAAAGAUAAAAACUCAGAGCUCUGAAAUAGAAAGACUUAGAGUGGAGAUGCAGAGAGAAAAAGAAGAGAGAAAUCAAGCAGAGAAAAAAAUACAAGAGGAGCUUGAGAGAAUGAGAAUGGAGUCGGAGGAUAAAAGCAGAAAAAUAGAAGCUCAGAAAUCUGAAAUAGAAAGACUUAUUGUGGAGAAGCAGAGAGAGAAUAAUGAGAGACAACAACAAGAGGAGCACCAGAACACACCAGAGUCCGAAGAAAGAAGUGGAUUUAAGUUUUUUUUUUCUAAGUAUUGGAAAUAUUUUUUAAAAGGCAUCGCAGUUGGUGCUAUAAUUGGGGGAGUUUCUGGUGGAGCCAUUGGUGGAGUUGUUGGUGGAGUUGUCGGUGGAGUUGUUGGUGGAGUUGUCGGUGGAGUGGUGGCCUUAAUUGUUAAAAAGCAGGGGCCUCACUAACUUCUUAAUACCCGAGAAAAAGUUUUACGAAUUUUUUUCCCCAUGUCUUUACAUUGCUUAAAGGAUUAAAAAUAAUGUAAAAAAAAAAGAAAGAAGAUAUUUGAUUCAAAAGUUAUGCUAUGCUAGGUAGAGGACAUCAGGACUAAAUUUCUUUAAAAAAAAAGUAAAAAAAGACAUAUAUGAACAUGUAUAGGGAAAAACAAUAGAUUUUUAGUUUUCAACAAUUUUCUUUUACCAAAUUUGUAUAAAGAUGAUUCUCAACUAUGUUAUAAAAGAAUGAUCCAAUAUACAAUUUUUCUUUCUGCAAAAUGUGUGUAAAAUGGGCAUAAAUGGAUUUUGUCAAUUAUAUACAAUGUAUCUAUAAACUAAAUCUAAUUUGCAUAUUAAUGUGUUUUUGGGGCAACAUGUAAUGAAAAAAUAAGUGUAAUAAUGGGAGUAAUAAUUGACAAGAUUUUCAUAAUAAUAUAUAAUAUUUCAUAGAAUAUUGAAACAUAAUUUAUUUUCCUAUAAUUAUGUUUUGUCUCUCAAAAUGUGUAAUUAACAUGCUUUUAGUCCCAGUGUUCUCAUGUGAGGACAGGCAUGAAAUCAACGUUCUGUUUUGUAACAGAAAGUCAUAUUUUGAUUUGAAACCCCACAACAUUUUUCAUAAGAUGUUGAUUGAUGACACAAAAUUAAAAAAAUGUGAAUUAUUUAAAUAAUAAUUGCAAAGUAUUAUCAGAUGUCCAUAAGAGUGUCACUAAAUUAAUUUCAGACAUUCUUGAAGACCAAGGAGAAGGAGGAGUCAUGAUGAAACAUCCAAUCAUUUGGUAUCUCUGAAAAAAAAGCCCUGAAUGUGCUCUGUACAGGAGAUCCAGACUUUGGCAUGUACAGUGUCAGAGAAAUUCACAAAAAUGUGCUCAAAUGAGGCCACAGGUUCUUAAGAGGUUAAAGUAUGCUGCAAAUAUCAUGAAAGAUAAUAUCAAUACAAACUCCUAUGUCGGUUGACAGUAAUGAAUUACUGUAUAAAAUGAAAAACUGAAUUGAGAUAUUUGUCUUUAAAUGUUGUCAUAUAUUCUCCACAAUUAUUUGCCUGUAUGUUGUGCAAAAUAAAACAACAAAUUAGAAAUUA